AUGAGCCCUCCACUGUCCCUCAGUAACAAACCGGAGAUGGCCCGGCCACUGUUGAAAAACCAGAGCGAUCGCGGCUGGGUGGUACAAAAAUUCGGGGGUACCAGUGUCGGCAAGUUUCCGGACAGAAUUGCCGAGGAUAUUGUCCGGUAUGAGCCUUCGUCAUCCCCGCACGAGAAGCUAACUCAGCCGUUCAGGAGUUAUGUCGAGAAUCAUCGGGUGGUGGUUGUGUGCUCAGCACGGAGUACCGGCAAAAAGGUGACCGGCACGACGAGCAGGCUACUGGAGGUGUACAAGAACCUCCGCGCCAUUGGUGCCGCCGCCAGUGACCACAAUGUCCAAGAGGAGUUAUUGGGGAACGCCAAGCACAUUGUGCAAGAGAUUUGUUCCGACCAUGUGGCUGCCGUCGAUAGCUUCAUUCGGGAUCCCCAGCUCGGCGCACUGGUGAAAGCCGAUACAGAAAAUGAGUGCCAGCACCUCAUUGAUUACCUCCAAGCUGCCCGGAGCUUCGAUCUCGAAAUCAACUCCCGCGCCAAGGAUCGAGUCAUAAGCUUCGGCGAGAAGCUGAGCUGCAGAUUUAUGACAUGCCUUCUCAAAGACAGGGGGGUCGAUGCCGAGCACAUUGAUUUGGCCAGCGUCCUCAGCUGUGACAGCCCAGGCAGGCUUGAUUCCACAUUUUACAAGCGCAUCUCAACUGCCAUCUGCAAGAAAAUCAUGGCCUGUGGAGAUAGGGUUCCCGUUGUGACUGGCUUCUUUGGCAAUGUCCCCGGCGGCCUCAUGGAUGGCGAUAUUGGCCGCGGGUACACGGAUCUGUGCGCAUCACUAGUCGCCGUCGGCCUCAAGGCCGAAGAGCUUCAGAUCUGGAAGGAAGUGGACGGCAUCUUCACCGCCGACCCCACGAAGGUCCCGACCGCGAGACUCAUCCCAUACAUCACCCCGGCCGAGGCAUCAGAGUUGACGUUCUACGGCUCCGAGGUUAUCCACCACUUGACUAUGGACCAGGUCAUCAAGGCGGUACCACCCAUCCCGAUCCGCAUCAAGAACGUCAAGAACCCCCGGGGCGAAGGCACCAUUGUGAGGCCAGACCCCUUGUUGGCAUCCGACCAGCGCAUUCAAAGAUCCCGGCAGCCCUCGGACCCAUCACUUCGGAAGAAGCCAAAGCGGCCGACCGCUGUCACGGUCAAGGACAAGAUCUCCAUCAUCAACAUCCAUUCCAACAAGCGGUCGAUUGCGCACAUGUUCCUGGCGCGGGUUUUCUCCAUCCUCAAUCAGCAUUGCAUCUCUGUGGACCUGAUUUCUACCAGCGAGGUGCACGUUUCGAUCGCCGUCCACACGGCGAGCUCCGAGUUUGGCAACUUUGACCACGCAGUGGAGCAACUCCGGGCCGAUUGCGGCGAGGUCAGCGUGUUGCACGACAUGUCCAUUCUCAGCCUGGUAGGCGCCGAGAUGAAGAACAUGGUGGGUAUCGCGGGGAGGAUGUUUUCGACACUGGGUGAACACCGGGUCAAUCUGGAGAUGAUUUCGCAGGGCGCGAGUGAAAUCAACAUAUCUUGUGUCAUUGAUGCCCGUGAUGCAGAGAGGGCUAUGAACAUCCUGCACACGAGCCUCUUUACCUUCCUUGAAUAG